AUGGCGUUGUACAAAGAAUGUGCCACCAAGAUGUUGAAGGGGUUCGAAGCUUAUGAAAUAGAAUACAUAUCCCGGGCGGACAAUGUAGAGGCCGACAUCUUGUCUAAAAUCGCCUUGGAAGGGGUGCCGGACCGCUUAAUAAAGAUUUGCCAGAAGGAGGAGCUAAGUCGGCCGAGUGUCGAAGAGGCGCCGCUAGAUGUCCAGCAAGUAAGCAUCGAAGGGUGGGAUCGAGAGAAAAACCCGGAGAUGUUCUGGAUAGAUGACAUCCGGCGAUUCAAGGAAACAGGCGAGUUGCCAGCUGACCCAUCAGUCGCCGCGAGGGUUCGGCGGAAAGCCCCCUCUUUCCGGAUCGUAGACGGAGACCUAUAUAAACAGUCGUUCGGAGGACCCUUGUUGAAAUGCCUACUUAAGCCCGAGGCGGAGAAGGUAAUGGAUGAAGCUCAUAGAGGCAUUUGCGCUGCGCACCAGGGUGCUCACACGCUCGCCCGAAAAUUGGUCGUUCAAGGGUAUUACUGGCCGACCAUGAUGCGAGACUGUGUUGAACGGAUGUCCAAAUGCGGCGUUUGUCAGGUGAUCUGUCGCUACGGUUUGCCCGAGCACAUCGUCAGCGAUAACGGGCGACAGUUCGAUUGCCAGGCGUUCGCCGAAUUCUGCCGCCGACACGGUAUCAGGCAUACCAAGGUAUCGGUGGCCUACCCCCAGGCAAAUGGACAGGUGGAGAAUGUGAACCGAACCCUGGUCGAUGGGAUCCGGAAGAAACUCGAAGACGUCCGAGGAAACUGGGCGGACGAGCUUGAUCGAAUUGAGAAAAAUUUUCUAGAAGAAAGAAGGGAAGCCGCGAGUGUGCGAAUGGCUGAGUACCAGCAGACAGUGAAAAGAUACCGCGACCGCAGAACUCGCCCGCGAACCUUCCAGGUUGGCGACCUAGUGCUGCGGGAUCGACAAGCCAGCCAGCCCACCGAAGGAGGCAAGCUCGCGGUCAAGUGGGAAGGACCGUACCGCAUCGCGACCGUAGUUCAGGCCGGAACUUACAAGUUAGAGACCAUGGAAGGCAAGCUUAUAGAUCGAAUAUGGAAUGCUACGCAUCUGAAAAGAUUUUAUCAGUAG